CUUAAAUUUUUUUGGAAAAGUUAUGAUGUUUUUACAUGAAAUUGUAUAUAUUUUGAUAUCUUAUCAAGUAGUUGCAUGUAAAAAAAAAGUCGGAUUUACCGAAAAUGCAUCUGAACUAGAUAACAUUUACUUCAAUGAGGCAGUGAUAUUCCAAAUUAAGGGGAACAUGUUAGAAUGUGUUAUGCAGUGUAAUCAUGUGACAGAAUGCAUGUCCGUUUCACAUUCAAAUACAUCAAAUGAGUGUAUAGGUUUAAGUGCAGGAUAUGUAAAUGGUAUGAAGGAUAUCAAAGGAUAUCACAGUGAUGGGUGGACCUAUCAUUUAAUUUUAGACAGCCGAUGUCCAAAAAGAAGUGGUUACGUCUACAGUAAAAUGAUUCAGAGUUGUUAUAAGAUAUAUGGUAAAAAUAUUGCAUUACAGUCUGCAGAGUAUGACUCAAAAUGUGGUCUCGAAGGAGCGGAACUGAUGAGAAUAGAUUCUGAAGAGAAACAGCUUUUGAUUGCUACAUUUAUUGAUCAUUUUGAUGUUACUAGUUGGAUACUGUUCCAAGGAUCACAUCUAAUCGCAGAAGAGCAUUGGCGAUACAGUGAUGGAUCAAUCAUUACUCACUUCAAUUGGCAUUCAACACAACCUGAUUCAAGUGGUAACCCAGGUCAGACUGAAGUGAUUGGUAUGAAAAAGUUUGAUGGUUAUAAAUGGCAUGACCUAUGGUUGCAUGAUAAAGGCGCAUUUUUAUGCGAAAAAAGAAUUUUUGAUUGACCGAAUAUUU